GUCUCCAACAAAAGGAAAAGAAACUUCCGAGUCCCUGCCACAGAAAAGUCAAUGCAUUUUGUAGAGAAAAAGCCCAUGAUUUUUCUGCGAACCCUGGUGUUCAUUUUCAACGAGUAGAAACAACCACAACCAAGAGAACUAACCCAAACCCCCAUCUACAGCAAUGAAAGCGAUAGUAUUCCACGGACCCGGUGACGUCAGGCUAGAAGAGCGGCAAAAACCAGUCUUGAAAGAUGAGACGGAUGCGAUUGUCAAAGUUGAGACGGCGGGGUUAUGCGGCAGCGAACUGCACAUGUAUCGCGGCCACCAGGAGACCAAGCCUGGCCAUAUAAUGGGCCACGAAUUCAUCGGCAUCGUCGAAUCCGUCGGUCCCAAAGUCAAGACCUUCAAGCCCGGUGACAAAGUCGUCUCCGUCUUCGCUGCAGUCUGUCAAACAUGCUGGUUCUGCCAGCACGGCCUCGGCAACCGAUGCUCCAACUCUCUCGCCUUCGGCACGCAGCAACUCGACGGCGGCCAAGCCGAGUAUGUGCGCGUCCCCUUUGCCGACGGCACGCUGCACCACAAGCCCGCCGGACUAGACGACUCGCUGCUGAUCAUGAUGUGCGACAUCUUCCCGACGGGGUACUACGGCGCCGCGCGGGCGACCAGCUUCCUCAGCCAGCCUCUGCUCCCGGGGACCACCAUCGGGACGCGGGACCUCGCCUCGGCCGUCUUCGUGGUCCUGGGCUGCGGGCCCGUGGGCCUGUGCGCUCUGCUGACAGCCAAGACCCAAGGGGCCGGGACCGUGUUUGCCGUGGACGCGGUGGACGAUCGGCUAGAGCAGGCGAGUGACAUGGGCGGGAUACCGCUGAAGCUUGGCCGGGACGAUGUGGUACAGGUUGUGAGGGAGGCGACAGGGGGAAGGGGCGCCGACGCGGUGGUCGAGGUGGUGGGGAACAAGGCGGCGCUAAGGUCGGCGUUCGAGCUGGUCAGAGUGUGCGGGGUUAUUUCGUCGCUGGGCUUUCAUCAUGGGGAGGUGCCGUUUACGGCGAAUGAGGCGUAUCAGAAGAAUGUCACGGUUAGCUUUGGGAGAGCAGCGAUCAGUUCCCUAUUUGACGAGGCGCUGGAGUGUCUUGAUAAGAAUAGGAAGCAUGUGGCAACAAUUGUGUCGCAUGAAAUGCCGCUGGACAAGGCGUGCCACGGGUAUGAGAUCUUCGAGAAGUAUCAGGCGAGAAAAGUGGUUUUUAAGCCUUGAUUGAUGAUGUUGACUUGAGGAAGGGGAAAUAAAUACAAAGAUAAGCUAAUGCAUGGACAUGGUGUGACUGGACGAUCAUGUGGGGUAUCCUUGUCUGUCGGUUACGAUGAUGUAAUUAUCUCGUGAGGGGAGAGAUUUUGGAAUAUAUAGUUAAGGGAACGCUUGUUCUGACCAUACGGAGUAGUUAGAGC